AUGAGGACUUUAAUUAAACAAACUUCGUCUAACUUGCUUAACGGUAUUUAUCCAAAUCAAUUUUAUCAUGCUUAUCCAAAUCAAUUUUAUCAUGCCUUUGGAAAAUCCCAAGUUGUUGAUAUUUCAAAAGUUCUGACUGGAAAAGAUAUUUGGACCGUGACAGCUCAAGACUUAACAACUUAUUUCAUUGAUCAAGUUGUUCAACUUGAACGAAAUAGGCGAAUAACUUGGCGAGAUACUGGAAUUGAAAUAGGCAUGAUUCUAAAUCAAAAUAUGGGAUAUCUUUUCAAAGAAAUGCAAAAAUUCAUAUCCCAAGGUGGAAUUUUUGUUGAGGCAGAUGCAACAGCCUUCGAUUCACAUCUGAAUCGCUUUCUAUUUGAAGGAUUGAAGCUUGAAAAUCAUCCCAAAAGAAAUGAAAUUACAUCUAUUUUUAAAUGUAAAUAUGAUCAAAUACAAGAUGCCUAUAUUUUUGGUAUAACUGAGUACUCGUGCAACAUAUUCUCAUUGGGGAUUGAUUCUUUCAAAGAUUAUCAAUAUAUUUUAGCUGCAUACCCUAAUCGUUAUAUCACGUACAAAACUUUCAUUGAUAACAUUAACAACGAAAAUUUUCUGAAAGCUAAAAUUAUCUUACAACACUCCGAACAUUGUUAUUCAAAUACUGGGUUAGCUAUCUUAACAAAUAACCUUGAGGCUUAUAAUAAUGAACAUUGUGUCGUAGUCACGUCAGUUAAUUGCUCUGAAACUAUCAAACUUAAACAAAAGUUAAAAGAUAAGCUGGUUAAUAAGAUCAUUCUGGAUCCGCAAUUUCGAAAAGAAGCCAUUCAAACCGAUAACUGGUCUAAGAUCUAUAGGCUAUGGCAUGAAAUCAUCAAUGGUCAGCUGGUCAGAGAAGCUCCCUUAUAUUGUAUCCAUUCAAAGAUCAUCAUUCCUAAUGAACUCAAUGACUAUAAGAAUUAUGAAAAAAUCCUAGAGAAAUACAAGAAACAUGGAGGAGGAACUGAACAAUCUGCCACAUCAUGGGAUAACACAUGGGCAUUUAGAAUCACUUUCAUUGCUGCUUGGUUACAUUAUCACAAUUAUAAAUAUCUUAUUUCAGAUUUCUUUAAGCAAAAUCUACUUUAUAAUAAUGGUGAUGAUUCAAUUUGGGGUUGCAAGAUUAAACGCAGCCGUCUAAAUAUGGAUCGAUUCAUAGAUGCCUUUAAUUAUUUUGGAAUGGAUCUUGAAGUCGAGUUUCAUAAUGAUAUUGAAGCUAUCCAAUAUUUGGUUUACCAUGAUAAUUCUGCAACGCUCCAAAGACGUAUUUCCACUCGUUAUUAUCAAGCUUCACCAAAGUCAUAUCAAUACUUACACGCUUCAAUUAUGAGAUCAUUAGCAUAUAAAUUACGAGUUGAAGUUCCUCACAUGACAUUAACCACAGACCAAAAAUGUAAAGAUAAAAAUAAAUGGUUCCUUCAAGUUAAUGUCGAGAAAAAGAAAAUGUUAUCAGACAUGUCUGUUCAGCAACGUGACUUCAUCAAUUUCUUUAAAUCAUUCAAGUUCCCAACAUACUAUUCAAAAGAUACACCAUAUAUUCUUAAUGACGAGUUAACUGAGUUUUUCCAGCAACUACCACGUCAAUCAUACAAAUACCAACCAACAAUUCUUACUUUAUUACCUGAUCCUACUUUUCACACUAUUAGCAUGUAUUCCGAAAAAUUCCUUUACCCUCAAAAUUUCUAUUUCAAUUACAAUACCAAAUCUGAAAAUUUCAUUGCCGGAAGUAGUUAUCCAAAAAAGGUGUUAAAAAGUGAAUUUAUCCUUCAAACACUUAAUUUACCAAGAUCAUUAUACAAUCACCAGUUGGUGUUUAUUAUUGUUAUUAUCUUCCAUCUCGUUGAUAAAUUUGCUAAGCUCAUAAGAAAAUGGCAACAGGCUAAGAUGCAAUCUCAGGAAAGACAUUCUUCUGAUCGUGCUGCUCCAGAUCUCACUAAAGACUAUACAACAUUCCACGAAAAGGAUACAGAUAUGCUUAAAUCCUUUGAUCUUAUGAAACAAGAUAAUGUUGCAUAUAAAAUAGUAUUAUCAUCAGCUACACCAUCUGCUCCUCCACAAAUCCUUCAUACCACGACUUUCGAUACUGGUUUUGAAACGGCAAAUUCUCAACGAUCAACUUAUGCACUGCAUAGAGGAAACUCCACUAAAUCAAUCCCUGAUGAUCAAAUGAAUAUAGCUACUAAUGUAAUAAAUGCAGGAAUAGACAUUAAAGGUUUACGAUGUCUAAUUGACACAGGACUUGAUUUGGUAAUGAUCGAAACCAAUUAA